GAGGAGGGGUGAGACAGUCUUGAGGCUGAGUGAACUGCAGCUGAAGUCAGUGCGGGCCACGGGACCACCACCUCAACAUCUGGGACACAUGCAACACAACUGGACUUUGGGACAUGACCGUUCAUUCACAGCAUCGCUCCACUUUACAGGGACACUUUCUAUGGCCUGGAUGUGCUUGUUAGGAAAUUUAAGGAGUACUAAGAGUUCCACUUAGAUUUGAUGAUUAGGUAAUUUCUAAGAGGACAAUUUGGAUCUUCUUCAAACCAAGACAGCAAAAUGAAGACUUUAUAUUUCAUUUGCUUGGAGUUACUUGUCUUAUCCAGCCUACUAUUAGUGAUCAAUGGACAGCAGCAGCCUCUCUCGGUCACGCAGAGGGCCGGGCUGGUGGAGCGAGAGGUGCAGGGCCCCGUUAGGCCCAAUAUGACCAUGCCAAAACGACGCAUUCCGCCAAUGUGCACAGGACCAACCGAAAUCAGAGACACAUUCAAGUACAUCAAUACAGUGGUUUCCUGUGUGGUGUUUGUGAUCGGGAUCAUCGGCAACUCCACUCUACUGAGAAUCAUCUAUAAGAACAAAUGCAUGAAGAAUGGGCCAAAUAUACUCAUCGCUAGCUUGGCAUUGGGAGACUUGCUGCAUAUAAUUAUUGCCAUACCUAUCAAUGUCUACAAGCUGCUAGCAGAGGACUUUCCGUUUGGUGUGACUCUGUGUAAACUGGUGCCGUUUGUGCAAAAGGCUUCGGUGGGAAUCACAGUCCUCAGUCUGUGUGCUCUGAGCAUUGACAGAUAUCGGGCUGUGGCCUCAUGGAGUCGUAUCAAAGGUAUCGGAGUGCCAAAGUGGAUGGCCAUCGAGAUCGCGCUCAUAUGGAUUCUCUCCAUCAUCCUGGCCGUUCCCGAGGCGAUUGGCUUCGAUAUGAUCACCAUGGACUACAAGGGCGAGCACCUCCGCAUCUGCCUGCUCCACCCCAUGCAGAAAACAGAGCUCAUGAGGUUUUAUAAGUCUGCAAAAGAUUGGUGGUUGUUCGGGGCAUAUUUCUGCCUCCCUUUGGCCUGCACUGCCAUUUUCUACACCCUGAUGACCUGUGAGAUGCUCAGGAAGAAGAAUGGAGUCCAGAUUGCGCUGAGUGAUCAUCUGAAACAGCGAAGGGAAGUGGCCAAAACUGUGUUCUGUCUGGUCCUUGUUUUUGCUCUCUGCUGGCUACCUCUCCAUUUGAGCCGCAUCCUCAAACUCACCAUUUAUGAUGAGAAAGACCCAAAUCGCUGUGAACUUCUGAGUUUCUUCCUUGUUUUGGACUACAUUGGAAUCAACAUGGCAUCAGUGAACUCUUGCAUCAACCCAAUCGCUCUGUACAUGGUCAGCAAGCGUUUCAAGAACUGCUUCAGGUCUUGUUUGUGCUGCUGGUGUCUCCCGGCUGAGUUGCUGAUGGAUGAGAAACAGUCGUGUAUGAAGAUGAAAGUAUCUGAUCGGCCCUCGGACCAAAGCAACUCCAGACUGACCAACAAGUCCUCCACUACAGCCUGACGAGGCGGGGCUAAAGACCAGAGCUGAUAACACGAGGAAGACAGAUGAGGUGCUGUUUCUCAUCCAAUUCCCUCGAUAAGACUUUGGAAAAGAGAGAAAAGUGACUCUAAAAUCAACAAUAUGCUGCAUUCUGCUUUUUGGAUAGAUGUGGACAAUAUAGGAGGGCCAUUACCGGUAUUUG